AUUUUCUAGAAACUAUUUGUAGAAUGUUUUCAAGAACAAAGACGAGCGUUCUCCAAGCUUCCAUUACUCCAUCGUCAAGCUCUUUUCAUCAUUUUUCUCCCGCUGCCCUCUCCAACUGCGUCUCUUUGAUCGAAAAAAAUGGCGACCAGAAGAGUUUCGAAGCUCACCAGGUCUGCUUUAGCCGCCAUUGACGCCCCCAAGCUUCCUCAUUCUCGCUUUCUUCUUUCUCGUUCGCGUUCUUCAUCUUCUUCUCUCGAUAAUUUCAUCGCCCCUCUUUCUGUUGCCAAGAUUUUUGGUUCCAGACUCGUCGAUGGUUCUUCCAUGGCGUCGGCCAAGUAUUUGGCUACGAUUUUUACUCGGAAUUUCCACUCUACGCUUCCUUCUCGUUACUCUGCUACGGCUUCUUCUUCUCAGAUAAAUCAGACAGACUUCACUGAGAUGGCAUGGGAAGGCAUAGUUGGUGCAGUUGAUACUGCACGGGCGAACAAACAACAAGUUGUGGAGAGUGAACAUUUAAUGAAAGCACUUCUUGAACAGAAGGAUGGUUUAGCAAGAAGAAUAUUUUCUAAGGCUGGACUUGACAAUUCGUCAGUUUUGCAGGCUACAGUUGAUUUUAUAGCUCAACAACCAAAGGUAACGGGUGAAACUAGUGGUCCAAUAAUAGGCACACAUCUAGGCUUGAUUCUAGACAAUGCUCGGAAACAUAAAAAAGAAAUGGGAGACGAUUUUCUCUCUGUGGAACAUUUUGUGUUAGCCUUCCAUUCAGAUAAGAGAUUUGGACAGCAAUUAUUUAAGAACUUGCAACUUAGUGAAAAGGACUUGAAGGAUGCUGUUCAGGCCGUUCGUGGAAACCAGAGGGUGACUGAUCAAAAUCCUGAGGGAAAAUAUGAGGCUCUUGAUAAGUACGGGUCUGACUUAACUGAACUUGCUAGACGUGGUAAGCUCGAUCCAGUUAUAGGAAGAGAUGAUGAAAUACGGCGAUGUAUCCAAAUUCUAUCAAGGAGAACGAAAAACAAUCCCGUGAUCAUUGGUGAACCAGGUGUUGGGAAAACGGCAAUUGCUGAGGGAUUAGCUCAACGCAUUGUGCGUGGGGAUGUUCCAGAACCAUUGCUGAAUAGAAAGUUAAUAUCUCUGGACAUGGGUUCACUGGUUGCUGGUGCAAAAUAUCGUGGAGAUUUCGAGGAAAGAUUGAAGGCUGUGCUAAAGGAAGUCACUGCUUCAAAUGGACAAAUUAUCUUGUUCAUAGAUGAAAUUCAUACAGUUGUUGGUGCAGGGGCUACUGGUGGUGCUAUGGAUGCUGGCAACCUCUUGAAACCGAUGCUUGGUCGAGGUGAACUACGAUGUAUCGGUGCUACUACAUUAAAAGAGUAUAGAAAAUACAUUGAGAAAGAUCCUGCGCUUGAACGUAGAUUUCAGCAAGUGUUUUGUGGCGAACCAUCCGUUGAAGACACAAUUUCUAUUCUUCGUGGGUUACGAGAGCGAUAUGAGCUACAUCAUGGUGUAAAGAUAUCUGACAGUGCACUUGUUUCAGCUGCGGUUCUAGCAGGCAGAUACAUCACAGAACGGUUUUUGCCUGACAAAGCCAUUGAUCUUGUUGAUGAAGCUGCUGCAAAGUUGAAGAUGGAGAUUACCUCUAAGCCUACUGAGUUGGAUGAGAUUGACAGAGCUGUUCUGAAAUUGGAGAUGGAGAAGCUCUCCUUAAAAAAUGACACUGAUAAAGCCAGCAAAGAAAGGUUAAGCAAAUUAGAGCAAGAUCUGAGUUCACUUAAACAAAAGCAGAAAGAGUUGAAUGAACAAUGGGAUCGUGAGAAAUCUUUCAUGAACUGUAUACGAUCUAUCAAGGAAGAGAUUGAUAGAGUUAACCUCGAGAUGGAAGCGGCUGAAAGAGAAUUUGAUUUGAAUCGUGCUGCUGAACUCAAGUACGGAACUCUAAUAUCUCUUCGCCGGCAAUUAGAAGAGGCUGAAAAGAAUCUUGAGGACUUCCGAAAGUCUGGAAUUUCUUUGCUUCGUGAAGAGGUCACAGAUCUUGAUAUUGCUGAGAUUGUAAGCAAAUGGACGGGCAUACCUUUGUCCAACCUCCAACAAUCCGAGAGAGACAAGCUAGUUUUACUCGAACAAGUCCUCCAUCAGAGAGUUGUUGGUCAAGAUAUUGCAGUAAAAUCCGUUGCAGACGCUAUUCGACGUUCAAGAGCAGGACUCUCUGAUCCGAAUCGACCUAUAGCCAGCUUCAUGUUUAUGGGUCCAACUGGUGUGGGGAAAACUGAGCUUGCAAAAGCUUUGGCUGGGUAUCUUUUUAACACUGAAAAUGCUUUAGUUAGGAUUGAUAUGAGUGAAUACAUGGAGAAACAUGCAGUAUCUCGCUUGGUAGGGGCACCACCGGGUUAUGUUGGUUAUGAAGAAGGUGGCCAAUUGACUGAAGUUGUUCGUCGAAGGCCUUAUUCUGUGGUACUUUUUGAUGAGAUUGAAAAGGCACAUCAUGAUGUCUUCAACAUUUUGCUACAAUUGCUGGACGAUGGAAGGAUAACGGAUUCUCAAGGUCGAACUGUUAGUUUCACAAAUUGCGUCUUGAUAAUGACGUCAAAUAUUGGUUCUCACUACAUCCUUGAAACUCUUAGUAACACAAAAGACAGUAAAGAUGCAGUUUAUGAGUUGAUGAAAAAACAAGUUGUCGGAUUGGCAAGACAAACUUUUCGGCCAGAGUUCAUGAACCGAAUUGAUGAAUAUAUUGUCUUCCAACCUUUGGAUGCCACCCAGAUAUCCAAGAUUGUUGAGUUACAGAUAAAACGAUUAAGCGACAGACUUAAACAGAAGAACAUCAAUCUUCAUUACACUAAUGAAGCUCUUGAGCUUUUAGGGACGUUGGGAUUUGACCCUAAUUAUGGAGCAAGGCCAGUUAAAAGAGUAAUACAACAACUAGUAGAAAAUGAGAUAGCAAUGCGAGUUUUGAAAGGUGAUUUUCAAGAAGACGAUUCGAUUAUUCUCGACAUAGAUAGAUCUUCAUCUGCCAAAGACCUGCCUCCCCAAAAAAGAUUGUGCAUCAAGAAAGCAAACAACGACACUACCUCAGAGGCUAUGGUCGCCAACGAUUGAUUUCAAAUGCAAGAUUGUGUACUAUGGUAAAUAUUAGGUGAUAUAGUUUAGACUUUGUUGAUCUCUUUACACUCUUAACAUGUUGGAAUUUUGGGUAUGAGAAGUUUCAAUUACGAUUGAAACUUGAAAGAGGUCCACAAACCUACUUUUUUUUCCCUCACAACUAACAAAAAUUGUUUCUUUCAAAUCCAAAGAUGGCGAAAUAUAUGAACUGAAAUCAUACCAAUAUGGAUCCUGUCCUUUCUGAAUGCAGGGUCGAAUUUCACUGUAGACAUUUAAUUAUUGAA